ACCUGUAACACGUUGGUUUUGUUUAUCAAACGUGUAAUCGAUCGAUGGAGUUGUCUGUUUAUGAUAUUUUACAUAAAAUGGCUUUUAAUUUUGGUUAAACAUGAACUUAAUUCUUUUAGAAAGGCUGAAGAGAGGGCAGAUAUUUUCUUACUUAAUUAUUUUAUUUAUUUUAUUCAGAGGAACCGUACCAUAUAAUACAAAUUUUCAAUUCUGGGCUGAAAUAUUGACAGUAAAAAUUCCUCCUCUAGGAAGUAUUGAUGCAUUCUUAGAAGGAAUUUUGUUACAGACUUCGAAUCCACAAUGCAAAAUAAACGUAUUUCAAAAUUACACGAAGAUGAUAACUGUUAAGGAGAAAUUGAAGUGUGAAGGUUUAUCUAAAACUCAGCAGCAAAAUAAUUGGCAAAUGACAGUACUUGAAAAGGAGAAGAGUUCUUAUGCAAUUGUAAAUGUUCAAAAUCUUAACAAAACUAUGAGUUUGACAAUUGAUUACGUAGUUGUUACUUGCUGUCUUCCUGCAGAGAACAAAAACCAAGAAAUGGCAAUACUGACAUUAAUUGUUUUGCCAAUGCACUUUUAUAAGUUUAACGUGGAUAAUUUGACAGAUAAUGAAAGGCAAUAUAAACAACCACACUUCUUAGAAGUAUCGCCUUGUCCUUGUGAUAUAACUGAAAAUCAUUGUGAUAUUUUAUGUUGCUGUGAUCAGGAAUGUCCGUCCUCCAUACACAAAGAUGUCGAGUGCAUCAAGAGUUCGUAUGGUGGAAAUAAAGUUGAAGUAUUUGGUAAUUGGAAUUGUAAAAGUACUGAAGAUAAAAGUUUUGAGUUUCGUCAAUUUUUAUGUAUUUUUGCUGAAAAUACUCCCUUUCUUGGAUAUUAUUAUCAUGACAUAUCUAAAGCAAAUGAUCAUUCUGCAAUAUCAAAAAUUUUAUCAAAAGCUAAAAUUUUACAGAACAAACAGUUUAAAACUGAAGAAAUUAAGUCAAAAUAUGCAAAAAAAUCAUCUGUAAAACAUCUGCAUCAGAUUUCCCAGAAUUUAAGUACAUCGGUUGCUUCAUACAAAUAUAGAGAUACAUUGCGAGUAAUAAGCAGCAUCCAUGAAAUUCAGAGAUUUACUGAAUGGUACAUACCGGUUUCCUUAUAUACUGGACACUGUAGUUUUCAGUUUCCUGUGCGUUUCCUUCAAAAUUAUCAAUCAUUUUGCGCUUUGAAAGUAAAACAUUUAUGUGAAGGAAAUCAAAUGGCAAGUACAAUGCUUGAUGCAAAGUAUUACAUAAAGGAUGGAUAUGAAAUUUUACAAGUUCCUGGAUCAAAUGAAACAUUAAAACCAAACAUUAUUUAUGUACUUAAGAAGUAUUCGCCAUUCAAUGAUAGUUUUCAAUAUAAAGAAUUGGAUUCAUAUUUCCCUCCUAUGUAUUCAAAUGGAAUUUGUUGGAAUAUUGUACAUGAGGUAAACUACAUAUUCUUUUGGAGUGGCGGAAGAAUAUUAAUGAUGAAUAUCACUAUUGUAAUUGGUGACAUUUAUCUCAAAGAAAACAGUUGUGAAAAUAAGUUAGCUGUUUCAGUUUUAACACAGAAAAUCUCUGUAAAAUUCCAAUAUAAAGUGAAUAAUUUAAUUAUGUCCAGAAUAGAAGAGAAUAAAACAAAUGAAAACUAUUUAGAAUUCAGAUCAGGGAAUCCUGGUUAUGAAAUGGACUAUCCUGUAUUGUCUGCAAUUAUAAAUGAAAAUGAUAAUUAUUCAAUUCAAAUUGGAGAUUAUUUGAAGCUUUGGAACCCAAGUGUGAACGGAGAUUGCCGAAAUUCGUCGCACGUGCCGAUAGUUUUUGGAAGAAACAGCAUUUCUGGAUGUACAUUUCAAGUCAAUAUUCACCACUUACAAGAUAAUUGCACCUCCCUUAGAUGGGAUCUGAUGAAUCUAUUCAAAGAUCUUUAUCAAGCAAAUUACAUCAGUAAGGGAGGAAAUCCGGACCUCGAAAAUAUCUCGGACUUUCUUAAAAUUAUCGUCAGUAAUUUAAAUGAGAGCGAAGAUUCGGAGAGGGGAACUUUGGAAACGUGCCACGACUUACCUUAUCAUCUGCAAGUGCAAAUUGUGUAUGCGGAAGUUGGAAGAAUUAAUGGAAGGUCCAUUUGGCGCAUACUCGGUUCCUUUGUUAAGUAUCAUUUGAAGUCGUGGACGCCACACUGUAGCAUUAACGGAUGCGGAGUGGAAGACAUUCCUUCUUUUCCUUUGACCAGCAGUGUCAACUUUGUUUGCGCACCUUGGAAGACAAAAAGAACAAAGAGAUUCUGGGAUUAUGGAGAGAUAGAGUACUGCAAUAGAGAAAUAUGUUUUGAGGAGUUGUUUUAUCCCUUUGCCGCCUCGUUUCGGUCGGACUUGGUUUUCCACGUUUCCUUCUGGUCCGUUAUGAUACUCCUCUUUGUUUUGCCACUCUUGUGGUUGACUAGAAAACAGUUUUAUUAAAAUUAUGCUUCAGUUUUAAAUAUUCUGAAAAGUAUAAUUUGGUAUAACGUUGUUAGAGAGAUAUUCUUCUGAAAAUGGUGAAAAUACUGGAGUGGCCAUUAAGAUUCUAUAAUUUAAUCCAUAUUCUCCAUGAUAAAACAUCACUCGCUUCAUGUCCCGUGACACGUCAGAUCUUAUAGUACAAGAUACAACCAUUACAGUGCCUCAUAUUAAUUUAUCAAUACAAAGCCCAGAUGUGUUAAGUUUACGUGACAUGACUGAUCACACAUCACACAAACUUUGUAUGCAGAUGCCUCAUAUUGAUUGAUUGACAACGACAACAUACCCAUUGCCAUCAUAAAUGUGUUUGAUGUACCAAUUUUUUACAGUCACUUCACACAUAAAAAACACCACUUAAUGUUUAACAGUAGUUUAUGAUAAUCAAAACACACAUUUACUUCAUAUAUAUGAUUUCAUACAGGUUCCAUAAGUUAAAGGUGAGGAAUACUUCCAUAACUAUACCAAAUAGCAGUUAUAAAAUAGCCAAAUUAGCAAUGGUAAAUUUACAACUGCAUUCAAUCAUCUAACCAUUAAUAGUAGCAUGCACUGUUCUCGAACUACAAUGAUUUUGGCUUCAGAAGACUCAAUGGACUUCCAAAAAAAACCAUGGGAUCAUGAUAACUUUCUUGCAGUUUGAAUUCAAAAUUAGGUUAUUUGUUAGGUAGGACUGAUAGGAUAAGGUAUUGCAACAUGUGGGCGAUCUGCCAGAGAGGAGGUACCACUCGAGAGGACUUUCGUGGGAAUCUUGUCUCUCUGGCUGCGUGCAGUUUUCCAGAUUUUCUCUAUGAUAAGCAAUCUUGGUUAGGUACAAACCCCAUGACCAACUACAGACAUUCGGCCACUGUUUAAAUACUUAUCACAUAUUCUACGUUAUAUUCACUACAAGAGCUCAUGCAAAAAUGAAGACACAAAAUACAGUUGUAGUCAGACUUUUAAUUUCAUUGCACAAAUAGCAUAUAAAAACAUUACAUCACAAGCUUUUUUACAGAUUAUAGUUGAUAAAGCAAGUUUAAAAAUUCCAGUUUUAUUUAAAUGCAAUUACAUUCUCAAAACUAUAAACGUGCGACUUAAAAUUACAGAACUGGAAUUAAGUUUAUCAUUUUUUUAAACAUUU